CGUUUUCACGCGAGAACCAAUUUUAAUACGGCGAUUCCGAAAAUCAAAACAUAUCCAGAAGCAGCAACGAGUUAACAUGAGCUGGUGGUGGUCUGGUGCUAUUGGCGCUGCCAAGAAAAGAUCCGAAGAAGAUGAAGCACCACGAGGUUACCAAAGCGUGGCCCUGAUUUUAGGAGUUACGGGGAUUGUCGGCAACAGUUUGGCGGAGAUUCUCCCACUUUCCGACACACCUGGUGGCCCAUGGAAAGUUUACGGCGCGGCCCGACGUUCACGCCCCAACUGGAACGUGGAUCAUCCGGUGGAGUACAUCCAGUGCGACAUCUCCGAUACCGCCGAAACCCAAUCGAAGCUUUCUAAGCUGGCUGAUGUGACCCACAUCUUCUAUGUUACCUGGGCCAGUAAACCCACGGAGGAGGAGAACUGCGAGAUUAAUGGUCUCAUGUUCCGUAACGUCCUCCAGGCCGUUAUACCAAACGCUCCCAAUCUCCGCCAUGUCUGCCUCCAAACAGGAGGGAAACAAUAUGUGGGUCCUUUUGAGCUGUAUGGCAAGAUUGAAGCUCAUGAUCCACCUUUCACGGAAGAUCUGCCCCGAUUAAAUGCUCCCAACUUUUAUUACACUUUAGAAGAUGUUAUGUUCGAGGAAGUGGCAAAGAAAGAAGGAGUGACUUGGUCCGUUCACCGGCCUGAUGUUAUCUUUGGGUUUUCGCCUUACAGCUUGAUGAAUUUGAUUGUCACUAUUUCUGUUUACGCUGCAAUAUGCAAGCACGAGGGAGCUCCUUUAAUCUUUCGUGGAUCAAAAGAGGCAUGGAAUGGUUACGCAAUUGCUUCUGAUGCAGAUCUGAUUGCAGAGCAUGAAAUUUGGGCGUGUGUUGAUCCUAAUGCACAAAAUGAAGCUUUUAAUAUCCACAACGGAGAUCUGUUCAAAUGGAAGCAUUUGUGGAGGAUUUUAGCAGAAGAAUUUGGGAUCGAAGAAUAUGGAUUUGAAGAGGGCGAGAGUAGUAUAACAUUCGCCGAGGCGAUGAAAGAUAAGGAACAAGUGUGGGAGGAAAUUGUGAAGAAGAAUCAGCUACUGCCAAACAAGCUAGAGCAAGUUGGGGGAUGGUGGUUUGCAGAUUUGAUAUUCGGAGGUCCGGGUAUCGUCACGAAUUUGAACAAGACCAAGGAACAUGGAUUUUUGGGAUUUCGAAAUUCCAAGAAAUCUUUUGUUUCGUGGUUAGACAAGAUGAAAGAUUACAAGGUUGUGCCUUGAUUCGGGUGGUGCUCUAUUUGCUUUAGAGAAUAAACUCGGAGAUUUGAGGCAUUUUGUUCUGUAUCAGGGUUUGUAAUCACAUUGUCGUCCUGAUUCGGAAUUGUAAAAAAAAACCCUGCUGUAUGAGGUGUCGAAUCAACUCGCCGGCAUUGAAUAAACAUGUGUCAAUUAUUUUAUUUUACUUUUUUUCUGUCUUGUGAAUGAUCCUAUCGAGUUUAUUCGAGGUGGUUGGAUUAUUAAAAUUCAACCCGGGAUCAAGUUUUGAGUCAUGGUUAAAUUGCCCGACCGGAGUGGCAACUAUGUUUGUAAUCGAAUCAAAUUGCAUUCGGAGCUGGUCUAGUUCUAUCUCCCUGUAAAAUCCUAGUAAUUUAGUUGAUUU